CCGCGCGCUCCCGGCGCCGAGGAAGAGGCUGCAGGAAAGAUGGAGACUGCAGCAGCUUAUGGAGCUGGCAGAGCUGGGGGAGCCUUCGACCCCCUCACCUUCAUCAAACAGCCUCAGACCAUCGUCAGGGCCGUCAGCUGGCUUUUCUCGAUUGUUGUUUUCGGAUCGAUUGUCAAUGAAGGGUAUAUGAACCGACCCACAGAAGUGGAACAACACUGCAUCUUCAACCGGAAUCCCAAUGCUUGUAACUAUGGCAUCACCAUCGGUGUGCUGGCCUUCUUUGGAUGCAUGGCCUUCCUCGCGCUCGACGCCUAUUUUCCACAAAUAAGCAGCGUGAAAGACCGGAAAAAGGUGGUUCUGGGAGACAUUGGAUUUUCAGCAUUGUGGUCCUUCCUGUGGUUUGUGGGAUUCUGUUUCCUGACCAACCAGUGGCAAGCUACAGACCUGGAAGCAGAUGACCCAUUAAAGGAAGGAGCAGACGCUGCUCGAGCUGCCAUCACCUUCACCUUCUUCUCGAUCUUCACCUGGGGUUAUUUGGUCCUCUUUGCCAUGGAUCGAUUAAAGGACAUCACCUUCACAGAGGAAUACAAUAAAUUGUUCCCAACACAGUCAACCCCUCCUCUCGCGUAACUGCACCAUCCUGCACAGCUUUCAAACACUCAGUCUCUUUGGGGCAGGGGCUGAACACCACAUGAGCUGUUAGACUAUCUGGCUUACCAGAGCAGCUUUGUCUUCUGCUGCUGUAACUCUUGAUUGUGGCGACUAAUCUGAUUAACAAGGGAGAAAGUGAUUUUGAUUUUCUCACCUGUAGAGAUCAGCAGGUGCAGCUUCUGUGUUUUGCCCCCCUCUCGAUCCCUGUCUCUCUCUGGCAGGCCGUUGACUGUCAGUCAGUAUGUGUGAUGUCAAAGAUGCUCAGGAACCCUCAGAAUCAGCUCACAGUUGUCUUCCUGUCUCGUCACCAUCCCACAUUUUCUGCUGCUGCAUUUAGCCCCUGUCGCCUGCACCACCACUGCCCCCCCCAACACUCUGCUGGUUGUAACUGACUUUAUUUAACACACAUCAUCAUUUCAGUUCAAAAUUACUUUAUUUCUGUGAACAGGAAGCAGUCGAUGACUCCUCAUCCUUUUACGGAAAAGGAAUUCCAUCCCUUUUCUGCUUUCUGAGUUGCAUAGAGCAGAGUGGGGAGUGGGAGACACAGUCAGCGUCUCUCACCACCCCUGACCCCCUCUGUCCCCCUUCACCCCCUGACCCCCUCUGUCCCCCUUCACCCCCU